AUCGAUUUAAAUUUUCCGAGGUCGAUUUAUGUUUUUUCUUAGGUCGACCGGAUCUGUUUUGCACUCAAUUGGUACGAGGAUUUGGCCCAUUUUAGACUCGUUUCAAUUUAGCCGAGGUCGACCUUUGAUGCUUCUGAGGUCGACCUAUGAAGGCAAAAGUUCGAGUUGUGCAAUUGUCUUUGAAUUAUUUGUGCGAAACUAACACUGGUCGACCUCUUCUAAUUAUGAGGUCGACCGGAUCUGUUUUGCACUCAAUUGGUACGAGGAUUUGGCCCAUUUUAGACUCGUUUCAAUUUAGCCGAGGUCGACCUAUGAUGCUUCUGAGGUUGACCUAUGAAGGCAAAAGUUCGAGUUGUGCAAUUGUCUUUGAAUUAUUUGUGCGAAACUAACACUGGUCGACCUCUUCUAAUUAUGAGGUCGACCGGAUCUGUUUUGCACUCAAUUGGUACGAGGAUUUGGCCCAUUUUAGACUCGUUUCAAUUUAGCCGAGGUCGACCUAUGAUGCUUCUGAGGUCGACCUAUGAAGGCAAAAGUUUGAGUUGUGCAAUUGUCUUUGAAUUAUUUGUGCGAAACUAACACUGGUUGACCUCUUCUAAUUAUGAGGUCGACCGGAUCUGUUUUGCACUCAAUUGGUACGAGGAUUUGGGCCAUUUUAGACUCGUUUCAAUUUAGCCGAGGUCGAGCUAUGAUGCUUCUGAGGUCGACCGAUGAAGGCAAAAAUUCGUUUAUGUCGACCCAUUCCCGUUUUAAAUUAACUGAGGUCGACCUAUGAUUCUUUUGAGGUCGACCCAUUCUCGUUUUAAACUAACUGAGGUCGACCCCUUUAUGGAGUGGUCGACCGCGUAUUGUUCAAUUCGAAAAUGUGACUAACGUGUAUUCUUGCUUGUUUAAUGGCAGGAUGUUUGGCAAAAAUAAGAAAAGAAAGUCACAAAAAGCUGCUGCCUCUAAUUCGGAAUGGGAAGAGUUCAAUCCCAAACUGUUCCAGACCAAUGAUCAAAGUGACAACUAUGAAGAGAAGAGAAUGCACAACCGCAGGGUGGCUCCUGGAAGGCCAUUGACGACGGAUGCGUAUUCUCAUUUCGAGAAUUACGGGUUUCUGGCACCCUUCAUCGAGCAAGAGUGGCUGAAGGUGAUAUCACUCAAUGUACCAUACUACCCAAAAAUGGUACAAUACUUCUACAACAACAUCGUCUACGAGAAAAAUGCAAAUGGAUCCAUUCACGCAUUCAAAUCCUAUGUGAAUGGGGUGGCGAUGCGCAUCAGCAAGAAGGUGUUGGCGCAAGUACUUGAGGCUCCAAACGAGGGGAAGAGAAUCAAUUCUUACGGUGCUUGGAAUGAAACGCAUUUCACGAGAGCCAAGCAAAUCCAGACGGUAUGUGGUCUUGAUGAAGAGGAAGAUGCUCAGGGGCGCAAUAGGCUAUCGAGUAACCACCUGACAGUUCAAGCCAGAUUUCUUCACCACAUGCUUUUCUACAACAUUCUGCCAAAGGGUGGACAUCGGGAGACAGUCACCUACUUCGACAUGGAGCUCCUCACCCACCUACUGUUAAACGAGAAGGUGAACUUGCCAUACUUGAUCUUUAACCACAUGCUUACUACUGCAGAGAGUUCAAACAGGAAUCUUCCCUAUGGGAUGAUCCUCACUGUGCUAUUUGAGCAUUUUAAUGUGAAUUUAAGUGAAGAGGUGGGGUUAAGAAUCUCAAGGCAGGAGUUCUAUACUGUUUCAUCUCUGAAAAAGAUGGGCUUUGAGCUGCGUAAUGGUGAGUAUGUCAGAGUAAACAAUGCUCAUGGUGGUGAUGAUGAUGAUGAUGAUGAUGAGGGUGAUGAAGGAGCUCGAGACGAGCCAAUGGCGGAGGCACAGAGUUCAACUCCACCGAUCACCUUACAGCGUGUGUGGGAGCGCAUGGAUGGCAUGUACGAGUACAUGGGCCAGAUGUCCACCCAGAUGACUGGCAUGCACGAAUACAUGGGGCAAAUGACCGCCCAGAUGAGCACAAUGCAGGUGACCGUGAAUGAGAUGCGAGAUGAGUGGCGAUCUUUCAGCGGAAGAUACAUGCAUCCCACCACAUCCGACCACCAUCAUGCUAGCACCACCAAUAAAGAAAAUGUGGAUGAGAGAGAGGGGGGAGAUGAGUAGGAGAAAUGAGUUUUUAUAUUGUGUGUUUUAGUGGUCAAAACGAUUGUUGAUUGUUAUUCUGUUGUUUUUUUAGUUUUAAUUUUAUGUGUGAACAAUUAUGAUUUCUGUUUUAUUUUUAGUUGUUAUGCUAUGAAUUGAUGAGUCCUUGUUAUAAUUAUUUAUGCCUAAUUAUGAUGGUUUGAAACAUAAUUUAUACGAUUAAAAGAACCACACAAAUCGACAUACAUAAGCAAAAAAGACAUGGGGCAUAGGGUGACUUUCUUGUAUUCGGUCGACCUCGUACCGGAUUAGGUCGACCGCGAAACCAACACUUGAUCUUGAUUUUACGUCAAAUAAUUGGACACUUUGAUAGAACACUUAUCUUCUAUCUGGUCGACCUCUUUCCUUAUCCGGUCGACCAUUUUGUUAAUGACUGCCAUCAAGUGGUCGACCUAUAUACCUUAGGUGGUCGACCAUGUUGUUUCUGACGCCAACGAAAUGGCCGACCCAGGUUUUAUUCUGGUCGACGAAAAAUAACAACUUAAACUAAGUGCGGUCGACCAGGUGGUCGUUGAGGUCGACCGCAAUGCUUUCUCGUGCUGCCCAAAUUAGUUGAUUCGGUCGACCGCCUUCAGCAAUAGGUCGACCGAAAAGUGCAUGUCACCGUGACAUGCAUGUCAUAGUAGGCAUACCCAAAUCAUUUAUGUGGUAGAAAAUCUCAAUUCUAUGUAUAAGUAUUUUGGUGAUCUAAAAACGUAACUUUUAAGCUUUAAAGUAUAGUUUUUUUUACUACAAUUGUAAGUGAAAAACGCGAUUCUAAGUAGAACAGUUUUGGUAACCUAAAAGUGUAAAAGCGUAUUCUUUUUUCUUAAGUUUUAAAUCGCGAUUUUAACCACAUUGAUAUCAAGAUUUUCAUACGUGUUAAUUUUUAUAUUAAUUUAUUAUAUUUAUGUAUGACAAUUAUGACUCAGAAAUGAACUGCAUUUCUAGUAGUUAACUAAACUAGAAAAAUCAUAACUUAUAAUUAGGAUUUGUAAUAAAUUGCAAAUUCGAAAUGGAAUUUGAUGAAGGCAGGCAAUAGUGCCUUUCUCGCCGAAAUCCGAGGGGCAGCCAGUCCCUCAACUCUCUUCAUUAUUAGUUGCAUUCAUAGCUCAGUUCUUGGGAGAAAAACUCUUUCGAGGAUAUAGUAGGCACAGAGCCACGGUUCGUGAGAGAAAUCAUUGUCUUCUCUAAUGUCAUCGUCGUCCAUAGCCCUCCUAAUGUACUCUUGUGCAGGAAUGGACACUUGAACCUCACACAACAACUCGUCACGUGGAUUCUUCCUUGGUUGCAUGACUGUUUGUAUAGUUUUGGUCGGACUCGAAAAAAUGGGGAAGAGUAACAAAAGGAACUAGAGUGAAAGAGAAUGGGAUGAUUGUUUCGAUUCUCAUCCCAAACACAUCCCACGUUGUCUCUCUCUCAAACUAAAAUCACGUGCUCACGAUCACAGAAAAUACUUCUUACAAAAAAUGCCCCUUCCCGCUAAACCACUAUCGAUUUUAAGAAAAGAAAAACGGAAGG